AUGGCUUCCAAAGGCAAGGCCUCAUCGAGCAACGAUCAGGCUGCCGCCGGGCCCUCCAAUAAACGUCAGAAAUUACCCCUCGCUAUCCGUCCAGGAUACGUUGAAAAGGACACCACGCUCCCACCGGCUACCAAGGCUUGUUUUUCCAUGAAGUUGGAAAUCCACUCCGCCCGUCAAAGGCAGGUUGAGUCUGCCACUUCAGAUUCUCCUGCCGUAGUCCCCAGCUCUUCGUCUGUCGCCAAUCCCGCAGAACCCGCCAAUGCUGGUCCCAAUGCCGUUGUUCAGCAACCUCAGCCCGUCGAGACCCACAUCCGGACAGAACCCAACACUCCCAUCCAGAACGAACAUGAGACUGCCAUCCAGAGUGGUUCCAGUACUACUCUCCAGAGUGGUCUCAACACUGCCGUUCACAUCCAACCUACCAGUGAGACCAUCAUGCCCACUGCCAUGCGCGAGCACAGCGCCGCUCUCAAUAACCAUGCUGCUGCUCUCGACCGCCAGACUGCUGCUUUGAACAUGCGUACUCGUGGUUCUGACGACGACUGA